UUGGAGGCCGUCGUCUGCUGCUGUAAUUCGGCUACAGUGGGAAGGAAAAUAUUGUUUUAAAUCGACUUUUACCCACUCGCGAAUAAUCAGUUUCGCUCGGAUUUUAAGCCACCGCUUUAUUACGGAGAACGCUUCGCACAAGAAGGGUAGACCGGGACAGUGAGUCGAUUAGCGGCCCAUGCAGCCUUAACGAGCUCGUGAGACCCCAUCAAAUCACCGAAGAAGGUAACCCCUCACCCCCCCUUUCCUCUCCUGUUUCCUAAACGUCUAUGCCCCCUGCCCCCUCAUAAUCAGCCCAGAGACCCAGUUAGGAACGUUGGGUCUGUUCCUCCCCAUUCUCCUAGCCUCCAUCUGUCUCUCUAACUUCACCUGCCCAGACUGACCGCUCAUCGGACACCCCCUCCAAAAAAAUGUCCUCCAUCUUGCCUUUCACUCCGCCCGUGGUGAAGCGUCUGCUGGGCUGGAAGAAGUCUGCUAGUGGUUCGAGCGGAGCGGGAGGUGGUGGAGAGCAAAACGGCCAGGAGGAGAAGUGGUGUGAGAAGGCAGUCAAAAGCCUGGUUAAGAAGUUGAAGAAAACUGGCCAACUGGACGAGCUGGAGAAGGCCAUCACCACACAAAACCGCAACACCAAGUGUGUCACCAUUCCCAGCAAUUGCUCUGAAAUUUGGGGACUGAGUACACCAAAUACGAUAGAACAGUGGGAAACCUCAGGCCUUUACAGCUACCCUGACCAAACCAGAUCUCUGGACGGGCGUCUGCAAGUGUCUCACCGUAAAGGUCUGCCUCAUGUCAUCUACUGCCGCCUGUGGCGAUGGCCCGACCUGCACAGCCAUCACGAGCUGCGCGCCAUCGAGACCUGCGAGUACGCUUUCAACCUCAAGAAGGACGAAGUCUGCGUCAAUCCCUACCACUACCAGCGGGUGGAGACGCCAGUUCUUCCUCCUGUUCUCGUGCCAAGACACACGGAGAUCCUGACUGAGUUGCCUCCUUUGGACGACUACACCAACUCCAUACCUGAAAACACCAACUUCCCAACAGGGAUCGAGCCCCCUAAUAAUUACAUACCAGAAACUCCUCCACCAGGAUACAUCAGUGAGGAUGGGGAGGCCAGUGACCAGCAGAUGAAUCAAAGUAUGGACACAGGUUCUCCUGCUGAACUGUCACCAAGCACACUCUCGCCUGUCAAUCAUGGCAUGGACCUACAGCCAGUGACUUACUCAGAGCCUGCGUUUUGGUGCUCCAUAGCUUACUAUGAACUCAACCAGCGAGUCGGAGAAACAUUCCACGCCUCUCAGCCUUCCCUCACCGUGGACGGCUUCACAGACCCCUCCAAUUCAGAGCGUUUCUGCCUGGGCCUGCUGUCCAACGUCAACCGCAACGCCACCGUCGAGAUGACCCGAAGACAUAUAGGACGAGGAGUCAGGCUGUAUUAUAUUGGUGGGGAAGUGUUUGCUGAAUGUCUUAGCGAUAGCGCCAUCUUUGUUCAGAGCCCAAACUGUAAUCAGAGGUAUGGCUGGCAUCCUGCAACAGUCUGUAAAAUACCCCCAGGCUGUAACCUGAAGAUCUUCAACAACCAGGAGUUUGCGGCGCUGCUGGCUCAGUCUGUGAACCAGGGCUUCGAGGCUGUUUAUCAGUUGACCAGGAUGUGUACCAUUCGCAUGAGUUUUGUCAAAGGCUGGGGAGCCGAGUACAGACGGCAGACAGUGACGAGCACCCCCUGCUGGAUCGAGCUGCAUCUGAACGGGCCCCUCCAGUGGCUGGACAAGGUUCUGACCCAGAUGGGCUCUCCCUCCGUACGCUGCUCCAGUAUGUCCUAAACCCAGCUCUCUGUCCUCUGCCCACCCCAAAACAAUCACAUCAAGCGACAACUCGAAGAACAACAGACUUACGAUGCCCCCCUCGCUCCUCUUUCUCUUUCAUAGUACUCGUGAGCCUUUCUUCUAUUCUCCUCUUCUCUAUCCUCUCGACACUGAUGUUCGGACCCGAACGCAGCACUUGCUGUCUCAUCAGCUUCAUGCACCUUUGAUUCUCUCUUGUUUUCUUUCAUAAACCCUCAAUAUUAAAUGUAUUAGUAGUAGAA